UAUUGUUGCUGCAUUCGUAAACAACAGAGGCUGGAAAGCAACAGUAGCGCGCGGGAAGCAAAGCAUCAAUUCCCUAAUUAUAUUCACUAAAAGUGUGUAACGCUUCCAAAGCCGAAAUGUCCAAGCGUAAUGUAGCUUUCAUUAAACCAGAUGAGCCAGAUUUUCUAAAACGAAUGAAAGCACAAAUCGGCUAUCGAGAAGGACCCUCGAUCGAUGAUAAGCGUGAAGCAAUAGAAAACUUUGACGACUCAGACGAUGAGGAACAGGAGGACGAAAAACCGCAGGUGGUGGUAAUUAAAGAAGGCGAUUUAACAGAGGCGGAAGCUGCUCAAGCAUUCAAAGAGGAGAGUGAAAAACCGGCUGACCUCAACCAGAAGGUUGUGUUUAAAUCAAGGAAACCGAAACCAGAGAAAAAUGAAGAAAAUCCAAAACCAAAACCAGAAAACAAAAAGGAUAAAAAGGAUAAAAAGGCGAAACAGAAGCAGGAAAAGAGUAAACUGUCUUUCAACGAUGAAGAUGAGGAAGAGUACUAGCUUUAGCACAAUUUUCUAAGUUAUAAAAUGUUUUAUGCAACAAAACAAAAUGGGAAUGAGUCGGUGAAGAAUAUGCUUCAUGAUGAUACUUAGCCGUGAUCCGUUGUAGACUUUGCAACAGUUAGAAAGUGUGUGCAUGGUUUUUGAGCAAUUAAAGAAAUGAUUUACAAGGAUCAUUUCGUGUACUCGUUCCGUUUCCAGCCCACACACUGUCUCGACUCCCCGUUCUCUACCGAUGGCAUUGUACGUCGUUGUAAUAAAGCAAGUGAAAGGAGCGAACAAUGAA